UCGCUCGGACCGAAAACGCGACGUCGGUUAGUUUUGGUUGUACCGUCGCGGCGCGGACUCGGCCUCCGUUUUUCCCGCCUUACGCACUCAAGAAUCGGGGGGCGCACAAACCACAAUCAGCAAAAAUUAUAAUGACUCCGGCCGGCGGCGUGAUAUACGUGACUCCGGACUAAUUUAUCGCUAUUGCCAUCGCGGAGUGUGAGUUUAUGACUUCUGUGACCUUCCCGGACUUUGGAUUCGGCGGGACGGAGGCAAAUUGACAGCACUGCCUAAUGGAAAAUCAUUUCACGGAGAUGCCACAACAAUGAAUGACGUUUGUUAACAACCCCGCAGUAUUCGGUGUCCAUCCACGUGGAGAAUUUCGAAUUACGCAACAUUGAUUGUCUCUGUAACAUGCAAAUGAAAAAGAUGUUCGCAAGCCGCGUUAAUGGGGCCCCAUUCAAUUAGAGACCGGCCCUCGUUCGCAGAACUGUAAUCGGACGCUUGCAGUGUUGUGCUCUUAUUGAAUUAUGUGUCAAAGUGUAAGUUUGAUUACUUAGUGGCGUACGAUGGCGUUCUGCUUCCGAAACUUUUCCGUGCUUAAACUUUUAGCGGUCGUGUUUUUACUGGACAGUGUAGUUUUCAGCGUUGCUCGGGCUGAGGACGUCCCUCGUGACGGGGAUCGUUACAAAAGAAGUUACGACACAAGAAGGAACAAGGACCAGACGGGAAACUCGUUGAAGUCGUCGCUUUCGGGACAAGGUGCCAUAUUCGUUACGGAAAACUCAACAACGGUGGCUGCUCAAAUAGGCGGAACUGCAAAGCUACCCUGCGUUGUUAGAAAAUUCAGCAAUGGGGUGGUGUCCUGGAUUAAGAAGGAGAAUCUGCCCCCGACUAUUCUCACCGUGGGUCUGGCGACAUACAUCGCGGACGACCGCUUCCUGGUCGAGCAUGCCCGCCACCUCCAAAACUGGGGGCUGGUCAUAAAACAUGUCAGGCCUUCGGACGCCGGCCGCUACGAGUGCCAAGUGUCGACGCAUCCCACCACCAGCAUAUUUAUCCAAUUAAAAGUUACAGAGGCUACAGCGGCAAUUGUGGGGGCGCCGGACUUGCACAUCCGGGCGGGAUCACUCCUGCGACUGGUGUGCACGUUGCAGCAGUCCACCGAGGCACCCGACUACGUGUUUUGGUACCACGACCAGCGUAUGAUAAACCACGAUCCCGGCGUUUCGGUAACGGCCGAUAGGAGCUACAGCGUGUUGCAGCUCGAGGAGGCCGACACGAGCCACAACGGCAAUUACACGUGCUACCCCUCGAACGCCAUACCUGCCUACAUUAAUGUGCACGUUUUAAAUUCUACCGAAGAGGAAAAUCCAGCGGCAAUGCUCCAUGCAAACUCCAGCGACGUUUCAACAGGCCUAUUUUACAGUAUUCUCGUUGCCGUUUUCAUUAACAUGUUCGUCAUAUUGAAUAGAUGAAAUUAUUCUCAUUGUUAGAUAGACAAUAUUGUAAAAAUAAAAACGAAAUGUAAAUAUUUUUGUAUAUAUUCAUAAACUAUAAUAAAUUCUGUAAAAAAUCGUUCACGAUUUAGAUCUUGAAUGCUUCAGUAAUUUCAGUAUCGGGUAAUCUAAAUGGUGAACGGUGUAUGUUUAACUGAGUAUAACCAUUUUGUGUAAAAAACUAACAAAGAAUUUAUUGAUGUAUUGUCCCAAUAAAUCGUGUAUAUAA